CUAAAGUACACAGUGUUGUCCUACACCCAUAUGACAAGCUGCUACAACUACAACCAACUGGGGGACAUAACAUUUGACUGUCAGGAUACUGGACUUGAGUGUAGGCGUGCUGCUGAUACUGCUGGUUUAAUCUGACUGGGCUCCUUUUGUUAGAACCCAUGACUAGUUUUCUUUUACAAGGAAACCUGUAGAUGAGUCAACAUGCCGACUGGAUCAGUGAAAUUGCAAAGCAUUAAGAAACUGGGACAGGAAAACCACAGCUACGAGGUUUCAGAUGACGAACCAGCUGGCUCUUAUAUGACCAUGACGACUUCCAAGGAGGAGGAGAAAGCUCAGGGAAAAGCAGAACAACCAGCGAUAAGGGUCGGCUUCUUUCAGCUGUUCCGUUUCGCCACAUGCAACGAGGUACUAAUGAUGGUGGUGGGGAGUGUGUGCGCGGUGCUGCACGGCUCGGCCCAGCCCCUCAUGCUGCUGGUGUUCGGCCUGCUCACCGACACCUUCAUCGAGUACGACAUCGAGCUCAACGAGCUGAGCGACGAGAGGAAGGAGUGUGUGAACAACACUAUUCAGUGGAAGCAGAACUACACUACAGCGUGGCCUUCCUUCAACACAUCACUGAACCAGUCAGUCUGGGGCCUCAUGAACAAUUCAACACAGAAGGCCAGGCCGUGUGGGAUUCUUGACAUUGAAUAUGAGAUGACCCAAUUUGCCUUCUAUUAUGUUGGAAUCGGAGCAGCUGUGUUCUUGCUAGGAUACUUCCAGAUCUCCCUGUGGGUGACGGCUGCUGCCAGACAGAUUCAGCUCAUCAGAAAAAUGUACUUCAGCAAAGUGAUGAGGAUGGAGAUCGGCUGGUUUGACUGCACCUCUGUGGGGGAGCUCAACACUCGCAUGUCAGAUGACAUCAACAAGAUCAACGAUGCCAUCGCGGAUCAGGUUGCCAUUUUUCUCCAACGCUUCACCACCUUUGUGUGCGGCUUCUGCAUUGGCUUUGUGAAAGGAUGGAAGCUGACACUUGUCAUUGUUGCAGCGAGUCCACUCAUCGGUAUUGGAGCUGGUCUUAUGGCUCUGUUUGUGGCUAAGCUAACAGGGAUGGAGCUGCAGGCCUAUGCUAAAGCUGGAGCUGUAGCUGAUGAGGUGCUCUCCUCCAUCAGGACUGUGGCUGCUUUCGGUGGAGAACUAAAAGAAGUGGAGAGGUACGACAGGAACCUGGUCUCAGCACAGAGCUGGGGCAUCAGGAAGGGUCUGAUUAUGGGCUUUUUCACUGGAUAUAUGUGGCUGAUUAUCUUCUUGUGCUACGGUCUGGCCUUCUGGUAUGGCUCUAGCCUGGUGGUGGACACUGAGGAGUACACACCAGGAACACUACUGCAGGUGUUCUUUGGCGUUUUGAUCGCAGCCAUGAAUUUGGGGCAGGCCUCUCCGUGUCUGGAGGCGUUUGCUGCAGGCCGCGGCGCUGCCACCAUCAUCUUUGAGACUAUUGACAGAGAGCCGGAGAUUGACUGUUUAUCUGAGGCUGGAUAUAAGCUUAACAGGGUCAAAGGAGAUAUUGAGUUUCACAAUGUGACCUUCUACUACCCGUCCAGACCUGACGUCAAGAUCCUGGACCAGCUCAGUGUUGCAGUGAAGUCAGGGGAGACCACAGCCUUUGUUGGUCCUAGCGGAGCUGGGAAGAGUACUGCUGUUCAGCUCAUUCAGCGCUUCUAUGACCCUAAAGAGGGCAUGGUGACCCUGGACGGCCACGACAUCAGAGGCCUGAACAUCCAAUGGCUGCGCUCGCUGAUCGGCAUCGUGGAGCAGGAGCCCGUGCUGUUUGCCACCACCAUCGCCGAGAACAUUCGCUACGGUCGACCCGACGUGUCCAUGGACGACAUCAUCACCGCCACCAAGGAGGCCAACGCCUACAACUUCAUCAUGGAACUGCCACAGAAAUUCGACACCUUGGUGGGGGAGGGUGGAGGUCAGAUGAGCGGAGGCCAGAAGCAGCGUAUUGCCAUUGCUCGAGCGCUGGUCAGGAAUCCUCGUAUCCUGCUGCUGGACAUGGCGACCUCUGCCCUCGACAACGAGAGUGAGGCUGUAGUUCAAGAGGCCUUGGAUAAAGUCCGCAUGGGUCGCACCACCAUCUCCAUUGCUCACCGGCUCUCCACCAUCAAGAACGCUGAUGUGAUCGUCGGCUUCGAGCACGGCCGGGCCGUGGAGAGGGGCAAACACAACGAACUGCUGGAGAGGAAGGGAGUCUACUUCACCCUCGUGACCCUGCAGAGUCAAGGAGACAAGGCUCUGAACGAGAAGGCUCGACAGAUGGCUGACAGUGAAGAAGAGCCAGAGAGGCUGAGUCUAUCCAGAGCAGGCAGCUAUCGUGCCAGUUUGAGAGCCUCGAUCCGCCAGCGCUCCCGAUCCCAGCUGUCCAACCUGAUCCCAGAGUCUUCGGUUCCCGUCACCGGAGAACUCGGCCCCAGAGCCUACGCUGUUACACAGGCAGACAAAUCCAAGAACGCCAUCCCAGAGGAGGAGGAGGAGGAACUCGUGGAGCCUGCUCCUGUUGCCAGGAUCCUGAGGUACAACAUCCCUGAGUGGCCAUAUAUGCUUUUUGGAUCCUUUGGAGCUGCAAUAAACGGAGGAGUCAACCCCGUCUACUCUUUACUGUUCAGUCAAAUCUUGGCGACAUUCUCAGUAACAGAUCCUGUGGCUCAGAGGAAGGAGAUUGAUAGUAUCUGCCUGUUCUUUGUCAUGGUUGGCGUGGUGUCUUUCUUCACCCAGAUGCUGCAGGGUUACGCUUUCUCCAAGUCCGGAGAGCUGCUGACCCGUAGGUUGCGGCGGCUCGGCUUCCACGCAAUGCUGGGCCAAGAGAUCGGCUGGUUUGAUGAUCACAGGAACAGCCCCGGAGCUCUGACCACACGUCUGGCGACUGAUGCCUCACAAGUUCAAGGGGCCACAGGCUCACAGAUCGGCAUGAUCGUCAACUCCCUGACCAACAUCGGCGUGGCCAUCUGCAUGUCCUUCUACUUCAGCUGGAAGCUGACGCUGCUCAUCCUGUGCUUCCUGCCAUUCAUCGCUCUGUCGGGAGGCUUCCAGGCCAAGAUGCUCACAGGCUUCGCGAAGCAGGACAAGCAGGCCAUGGAAGCUGCCGGACGGAUUUCUGGCGAGGCUCUGAACAACAUCCGCACCAUCGCAGGUCUGGGGAAGGAGAGGAAUUUUGUGGACAUGUACGAGGCCCAGCUGGACGCCCCGUACCAAGCGGCCUUGAAGAAGGCCAACGUGUACGGCGCCUGCUACGGCUUCGCCCAGUGCGUCGUCUUCUUGACCAACUCGGCCUCGUACAGGUUCGGAGGUUACCUGGUGCGGCAGGAGGGGCUUCACUUCAGCCUGGUGUUCAGGGUCAUCUCCGCCAUCGUCACCAGCGGCACAGCCCUGGGCAGAGCCUCCUCCUACACCCCGGACUACGCCAAGGCCAAGAUCUCAGCCGCACGUUUCUUCCAGCUGCUGGACCGUGUGCCCCAGAUCAGCGUUUACAGCGACAAGGGAGAUAAAUGGGAUAACUUCCAAGGGAACAUUGAAUUCAUCGACUGUAAGUUCACCUACCCCACCAGGCCAGACAUCCAGGUCCUGAAUGGGCUGAAUGUGUCGGUGAAACCUGGCCAGACGUUGGCCUUUGUGGGAAGCAGCGGUUGUGGGAAGAGCACCAGUGUGCAGCUGCUGGAGAGGUUUUAUGAUCCUGACCAUGGCAGAGUGCUGAUUGAUGGCCAUGACUCGACUCGUGUCAACGUGCCCUUCCUGCGUUCUAAGAUUGGCAUCGUGUCCCAGGAGCCCAUCUUGUUUGACUGCAGCAUUGCGGAGAACAUCAAAUACGGCGACAACUCCCGGGAAAUCAGCAUGAAUGAGGUCAUCUCUGCCGCCAAGAAAGCCCAGCUUCACAGCUUCGUCAUGUCGCUUCCUGAGAAAUACGACACCAAUGUGGGCGCUCAGGGUUCUCAGCUGUCUCGUGGUCAGAAGCAGCGCAUCGCCAUCGCCAGGGCGAUCAUACGUGACCCCAAGAUCCUGCUCCUGGACGAGGCCACCUCUGCGCUGGACACCGAGAGCGAGAAGACAGUGCAGGAAGCCCUGGACAAAGCCAGAGAGGGCCGGACCUGCAUUGUUAUCGCCCAUCGCCUGUCCACCAUUCAGAAUUCUGACAUUAUCGCUGUCAUGUCCAGAGGCUUUGUGAUCGAGAAAGGAACGCAUGACCAGCUCAUGGCUGUGAAGGGAGCUUACUACAAGCUGGUUACCACGGGAGCACCAAUCAGCUAACUGCUCAGGGAAGCAGUAUCCAAUUAGCGAGGCAGCCGAGACGAAUGCGAGGAGUAUCCUUGCUGCUCUAUGUCAAGAGAGGCCAGAGCUGGCAGAAUGCUUUAAAUUAAAUCACAGUAUCUGCAGUGUUUAAAAAAGGAAGUUACACCUGUUCACUCUUAAAGUAUUUAUAUUUUGGGAAGGGAUCCAAUCAUGAGGAGAGGGGUUUUGUGAGUUACACAUUCUAUUUUGAGGUAUUUUAAGGUAGUUGCUCAAUGUCUUUCUGUUACUUUGUUUAUCUCUUGAGUACUGGGUCUGUUUCAUUACCUACUCUUGCAGUUUUACGCACUUAUGUGCAUAUUCAUGUGCUACCUGGUAGUAGGCAAUGUGUCCCAGCCCCAUAUCUGAGAAAUGCCAAUAUGCAGUGCACCCAACUCACACAGGUCACCACAAUCCACGACGUCUCGAGUCCAGUUGUUAGUCAAUGUGCCUAUAAGAUGGCCAUAAACGUUUACUCAAGUGGUGUAAGUACUUACUUUACAGUAGAGUCAUGUUACUUUACACUGGAAAUGUUGUACUUUUUAAUCCACUACAUUUGCCUGACAGCUGUUACUUUACAGAUUACAAUUGUAUCAUAUUUAUUAUUUGUAAUAAAUUACCUUGCACAUUGACCAGCUAGAACACUAAAAUGCCACCUACACAUAAAUAAAUCCAUAAUAAUAAUCCAAUAAAAUUUAACACUUAAGGAGGCCAUUUGCAAUAAGUACUUUUACAUUUGAUACUCAGAGUACAGUUUAUACUCAAGUAGACAGAACAGCUAUUUGAAAUCCAGGUUGCUAAUCCAACAAAAUCUUUUUAUUCCUUGCAGUGAAGUAGUUGAUUAUGAAAACUUGAUGUAUUUCAUACUUUUAAACAUUUGUUUUUGUUUUACUUUAUCAAUCUUUAAUAAAUGUAACUAUGUUGGAGGGUAAUUAAAUCACAUUUUUUCCAAGUAUUCUAUAAAUAAAUUAAUAUAAAAACCUAUCAUGAAAGUUAGAUCAGAUAUCAUCAGUAAUUGUUUUAUUUUAGUCCUUUUUGUUGUGUUUAGUGCAUUUAAAGGGCCUGCACAGCCCAACAGGUGUUCUGUCACGCUAAUUGGGUCUCCCCUCAGGCUGAGGGUGGGCAGACCUGGUACAUGUACUAAUGAGAAUGAUAAAUGUAAAUAUUUUCUGCACCAACAAAUGGUUGGUUCACACUGCCAGCCAAAGUUUUGCAUCCAGAUUGGUCUUAGAAAGUCUGGACAGCCAGUGAUGAAAAAUCGUAUUUCUACAGAUGUGUCUGGGUCUGGAGACUCUGACCACUCAAACUGGAUUUCAAAGUUUCUUUUGAGUAUGUACGACAUGAUCAGACAUGAUAUGAACCCAGUUUAUUUUAUUUUUGUUUGAUAUUUAAUUAAUUUUGUUUGAUUAUAUUGACACAAAUCUGAUUCCAUAGGAAUUUAGUCGUCUGAGAUUUCCUCCACUGAUUUCUGUAGUCUUAAAGUGCAUGUUAGCUUUAGCUUGCUGAAAAUGCUGGCACACAGUGUAUUAAACCAAUGUUUCAGUGUUUACAGGUUAGCUAGUCUAAAGUUUUUUGAGUUGUAAUAAAUUAUUGGAAUAGGUUUUA